UCACUGUACAUGCCCUUAUAUACUUGGGCCAAAUAGACAAAAUAACCUAAACCUAAAAGGAAUAAAUGGUAUUUACAAUAUGACUUGUACUGAAAGCUUAAUAACUUGUACAUAUUCUAUUACAGCCGAAAAAGAAAAAAAGGUAAGCGCAUAGGUAUCACAGAACUUCCGUGCACCCCCUGGAUAACAGUAGACAAAACUCUUCCGCGGGCCCCACAACAACGAAAAUAUGUGGCUCAGGAAAAACAGCCCUUCGCUGACGUGGCACCCCAACUCGUCGUCGUUUAUUUAGAUUUGAAGGGAUCAAAAUCGUUUCAUUCGCCAUUGCCAAGUGCCAACGGAGCUCAUCGGCUAUCUUAUUAUUAUAAUUUUCAGAAAAUAUAUAUAUUUGUUUAUAUAUUCUGUUGGCUUCAAUUUAUUAUUAUUUUUUUUAAUUUUAAUUUUGGGUGUUAUCGUGGAGGAUGAAGGAAUUGAAGGAGCCGGAGAUAACCUUAUUCGGCAGGAAGAUUGUGUUGCCGGAGAACGACGUCGAGGACUCCUCCGGCAAAAUUGACGGCGGCGAUUGCGACCUAUGUGAGGAAGCCAGCUGCGGAGGCAAAGGAGAGGAGGAAAAAGCUGAGGAUGACAAGCGGCCGUUGAUUGAUGAGGACCAAAUAGCAGAACAAACCGAAAAAAAGCCCCAAGAAGAAGAGGAUCCAUGCCCCAACGAAUCAAAAGACACUAAUUCCUCUUCCGGCCUAGACGAGACCCUCAAAACUUCUCCUGCCGAUGAGGACACAGUCUCAGAGAACAACCACAAGCCCGAAACCGAACCAACCACAAACGGGCCUCAAAAGGCCCUCAAAAAGCCCGACAAAAUCCUCCCCUGCCCGCGCUGCAACAGCAUGGACACCAAAUUCUGCUACUACAACAACUACAACGUGAACCAGCCACGCCACUUUUGCAAGAGCUGCCAGCGGUACUGGACAGCUGGCGGCACCAUGAGGAAUGUUCCGGUGGGCGCCGGCCGCCGUAAGACAAAGAGCUCCUCCGCCUCCUCCGAUUGCCGCCACAUCACAAUCUCCGAGGCUCUUCAGGCCGCCGCCAGAGCCGAUCCCUGUGGUGGUUACAAGCCCAACAGCACUGUUCUCUCAUUUGGGCCUACUGGGCCUGGGCCCGACUCGCUGUUGUGUGAAUCUAUGGCCUCGGCCCUGAAACUCAUAGACAAAAGAGCCCAAAACAGGGAUGGGGAUAGGAAUAGGCCUGAUGGAGUGGAAAACGGGCCUAGACAGCCCGUAAUCCAUAAUAUGAACGGGCUUCCUAUUCCAGUCCCGUGCAUCCCAUGGAAUUUUCCGGUGCCAUUACCGGCGGUAUGCCCAGUGCCCUUUUACCCGACAGCUUACUGGAAUUUCAGUUUGCCCAACACAUGGACUUAUCCUUAUCCAUGGUUAAAGGCACAAUCUUUAUCCACAAAUCAAAACGCGACAGGUGGAUCGGGCCCAGGGUCCCCGCUCGGUAAGCAUUCGAGAAAUGGGGAGUUGCUUAAUGCAAAUGGUUUCGAAAAUAAAGAUAAAUCAGAAAUAUCAAUUGUGGUACCGAAAACUUUGAGGAUAGACGAUCCUGAGGAGGCUGCCAAGAGUUCUAUAUGGGAAACAUUGGGGAUUAAAUACGACUCGGCUAAUAGAGAGGGUCUUUUUAAGGCCUUGCAGCCGAAGGGUAAAGAGGGAAAAAUUAAAGUCCGGGACUCGACUGUGAUGCAGGCGAAUCCUGCGGCUUUGUCUCGGUCAAUCAGCUUUCAAGAGGGUGCUUGAUUGAUUAAAGGGAUACAUACUAAUGCAAAGAUGGUCGAUUUUUUUCGGGGAAAAAUGUGUCGUAAUUUUAAAUAACCUCGUAUAUCGGCUUCUUUCUUGCAUAGUGUCUAUUGAUUUUCGAUCCUUCUCUCAUUUUUAGAUCCAUGUUCGUGUAACAUUAUGCGGGUGACUUGUUUUUUCUUUUAGCUGUGAUGAGUGUGCUUGUUGUGUGUACAUAAGUUUUGUAGGAAAAACACUGAUAGAUAGAUUUGAUUUUUAUGGUAUAACUAUAAACUACCUCUUUUUUGCUGUUAA